AUGGACAAGUCAUGGAUUGAUUGGGCUGAUUGGUGUUCUAAGCCAUAUCGUGCGAAGUUAGAAGAUUUCUUGAACUUUGCAUAUGUCAAUAGGGAUCCGAGUUCAAGGAUUUACUGUCCUUGUAGAAAAUGUGAAAACCGAAAAUUCUUUGAAAAAGUAAUUGUGCGACAGCAUCUUCAUGGUAAUGGGUUUUGGAAGAAGUAUAAGAUCUGGGAUAAGCAUGGUGAGUCCAGGGAUGGUGCUGAUUCAUUGCAUAGAGAUGAGAUGUUUAUGGGGUCAGAUGAUUAUAUGGAAGAGGAUAUGGUUAGACUAGUCCAAGAAGCUAUAGGAACAGCAAAUGUUGUUAGACCACAUGAUGAGAGUGGUGGAGAAAGUUCAAAUCCACUUGUUGGGCCAAACGAGUCUACUAAGCAGUUCCUAAAGUUGAUGAAAUCUGCAAACCUUCCAUUAUAUCCUGGUUCUAAGAAACAUACAACAUUGUCAUUCAUUGUCAGACUCCUACAGGCGAAAGUGUUAAAUGGUUGGACUGACAAAUCUUUCAAAGACUUGCUUGACAUAUGUAACGAGUCUAUGCCAGAAGGUGUAAACCUUCCUAAUUCUUAUUAUCAAGCUCAGAAGUUAACUGAAGAUUUAGGGUUCACGUAUAACACAGUGGAUGCUUGCCCUAAUAGCUGUAUGCUUUUCAGAAAUGAAGACAUAAAUCUUGAUCAAUGUUUGAUAUGUAAGGCAUCUCGAUGGAAAGAAGAUGGUUGCAGUUUAGUUUCUGAUUUGGGACCUGGGAAACGGAAGGCAGCAAAACAAGCAAGAUAUUUUCCUUUGAAACCAAGGUUGCAGAGGUUGUUUAUGUCCUCUAAAACUGCAACGCUUAUGAGAUGGCAUGCCGAGAAACGAACUGAUGAUGGUGUGUUUAGGCAUCCUGCAGACUCUCUCGCUUGGAAGGAUUUUGACAAGAAACAUCCAAGUUUCUCCGGAGAUAUUCGCAAUGUAAGGCUUGGGUUGGCCUCAGAUGGAUUUAAUCCAUUCCGGACUAUGAACAUAGUUCAUAGUACUUGGCCUGUCAUACUAGUUCCGUACAACUUACCGCCAAUGAUGUUGAUGAAGCAACCUUUUAUCUAUCUAUCUGUGCUUAUUGAUGGCCCAAAAGGACCUGGUGAUAAGAUCGAUGUUUACUUGCAGCCACUCAUUGAAGAGUUGAAGGAAUUGUGGGAUGAGGGCAUAGAAACUUUUGACGCAUCAAGCAAUCAAAUGUUUCAAAUGCAUGCUGCCUUACUUUGGACGAUUAAUGGUUUUCCUGCCUAUGCUAAUCUAUCAGGGUGGAGUACAAAAGGUGAAUAUGCAUGCCCUUCUUGCAACUCUGAAACUGCUUCUAUAUGGUUGCCAAACGGUAAAAAGUUCUCAUAUGGUAGCAGCCGGCGGUUUUUACCUUAUGAUCACAAGUAUCGGAAGGAUCCCAGAUCUUUCAAUGGCUUACGAGAAUAUAGACGAUCUCCUACAACAUUAUCUGGAGUAGAUCUUCUCACCCAGCUUCAAUCGAAUGGUAUCCUUACAGAGUAUAGAAGAGAAGAUUUGCAGACAAGGCAAAUGAUGGGGCCAGAGAAACCUGAGAAAGAUCCUUUGAAGAAAAGGAAGCACAAUUGGAAGAAAAAAAGUAUAUUUUUUGAGCUUCCUUAUUGGAAGGAUAAUCUCAUCCGUCACAACCUUGAUGUCAUGCAUAUAGAGAAGAAUGUGUGUGACAAUGUUCUUGGGACCAUACUAGGAGUUACUGGAAAAUCAAAGGACAAUAUCAGUUCUCGACGUGAUCUUGAGCUUAUGGGAAUUAGAGAGCAGUACCAUGUGAAGAGGAGGGAGUCCGGUUCAGAAUACUUUGAUCCUGCAGAUUUUGAGAUGAAUAAUGAUGGGAAAGAUAAGUUCCUCGUAGCCUUAUCAGAAACAAGAAUGCCGGAUGGUUCUGCUUCUCAUAUUGCACGGCGGGUACGUUUGAAAGAUCGAAGUAUCAGCGGUCUUAAAAGUCAUGACAAUCAUAUUCUUUUACAGCAAUUGAUUCCAUUAUCUGUACGAAGUUCUUUACCGAAGAAAGUGGUCGAAGGGCUGAUUGAUCUGGGCAAGUUUUUCAAAGUAUUGUGCUCCAAACUAAAUUGUGCAGCAGAUUUGGAAGAGGCACGUUCUCGUAUAGUGGUGACCCUUUGUGAUCUUGAGAAGAUAUUUCCACCAUCAUUUUUUGAUGUGAUGGAGCAUUUACCUGUCCAUCUAGUCCAAGAAGCAUUAAUUGCUGGUGCUGUGCAGUUUCGGUGGAUGUACCCCAUUGAGAGGUAUCUGUUGACUUUAAAGGAAUAUGUACGUAACAGAGCUUGUCCGGAAGCAUCAAUAGCUAAAGGUUAUCUAAUGGAAGAAUGCAUGAAUUUCUGUACCCAAUAUCUUAAAGAUGUGGAGAGUAAGUCAAACAGACCAUUAAGGAGAAAGAAUCGUGACGACCCUGAGAAGGGAAAUUGUGUUCUCAGUGAAGUUACGCGCAUACAAAUUCAUCGAUGGGUCUUGUUUCAUACAAGGGCAGUCACGCCAUUUCUCAAGGAACAUCUUACUGCCAUUAAACAACAAUUUCCGGAUGCAGAUGACCAUUAUGUUCAACGUGUUCAUUUUGAUGAGUUUGCGAACUGGUUUAAGGAUCAUGUUAUAACUCUGCAAAACACAAGUGAUAUCUUGUUAUCAGAAGAAAUUAUUGCCUUGUCUAGUCCUCCUAGUCCUUCAGCAACUAAGGUGAAUUCAUAUACAUCUAAUGGGUAUUUCUUCCGUGUGAAAAGUGUUGAUAACAAGCGAUCAAGACAAAACAGUGGUGUAGCUUUACAAGCAGAUACCAUGAGUGUCGGCAAUAAGAAAGAUAAGAAUCAACGUGUAGAUGUUUUACCAUAUUAUGGGAGAUUAACAGAGAUUAUCAAAGUCACCUACUCUGUUGAUAUCAAAUAUGUGUUGUUCAGGUGUGAUUGGGUACAUCCUGUGGCAGGGAUAAAAUUAGAUCCUUUUAACUUCACUUUAGUUAACUUCAAUCGAUUGUUGUAUCGAAAUGAUCGGAUUGGGGAUGAACCAUUCAUCUUAGCAUCUCAAGCACAGCAGGUGUGGUAUGCUCCAGAUCCUUCAGGACAAGGUUGGCUAAAUGUCGUCGAAAUGGAGUCAAAAAACUUCUCUCAUGUGCAAACUGACAAUACUGAAGAAAAUGAUAGCUCAGGGGAGUUAAUGGAUGGUGUUGAAAUGGAUGAAUAA